CCCGCUUAGUUACCGAUAAGGCAGCAGCGAAGUAGGGUGUGCUUAAACGUGCAUAAAAAAAGUGAUAGUCCAUAGCGCAAACCAUGGCUCCUGUUCUAGCAUACUGGGACAUAAGAGGGUUGGCUCAACCCAUCCGCUUGCUGCUCGAGUAUACGGGCACCAAGUUCGAAGACAAGUACUACGUUUGCGGUGAAGCUCCUAACUAUGACAAGUCUUGCUGGUUCGACGUGAAACACACGCUCGACCUCGACUUUCCUAACUUGCCAUAUUACAUCGACGGCUCGGUGCGGCUGACGGAGAGCGGUGCCAUCCUGCGCUACAUCGCGCGUCAGCACGACCUGCUGGGCAAGACUGAGGAGGAGAAGUAUAGAACCGACUUGCUGGAAUGUGUCUUGAAUGACUUCAGGAAGACAUUUGUCUCGCUCUGUUAUGGGGCUGAUUUUGAAACCAAGAAAACUACCUACCUAGAAACACUCCCGGCUAAGUUGAAGCAGUUUUCAGAUUUUUUGGGUUCAAGGAAGUGGUUUUCCGGCGAAAACUUAACCUUCGCUGAUUUCAUCGCGUACGAGAUGUUCGACCAGCACCUGCUGCUGGCCCCGGACUGUCUCAAGCAAUUCGGGAAUCUUGAAGCGUUCGUCACGAACUUCAGGGAGCUUGACGCAAUCAAGGCGUACCUCCCAUCGCCGCGCUGCAUCAAGACUCGUCUUAACAACCGCAUGGCAAAGUUCGGUAGCGGAGUCUGAGGGCAUCCUGCGUUCGGUGUUUGCGCUUCACUGGUGGAACUUUACUGCGAUUUUUGGUUAAUAAACAUUACUGAAA